AUGAAGUGGAAUUGGCUGCAAGGAGGACUGGCAGCGCUGGUACUGGUGCUCCGGUGCGCCCUGGUGGGCGCAAACAACGUGAGUGCGAGUUCAAGCCAUCUGAGGACCUCGUCGCUGCUGACAUGUAUGGAGAAUUCGGAGUUCACAGCUUCGUAUUUCGACGUGAGAUACUAUCCCGGGAACUCGAGCGUUGUGUUCAAGAUCGACGCGACGACGACGAUUAGCGAAAAUGUUACUGUGAAGGCGGAGCUGAUCACGUAUGGGCUCAAGGUGGUGGAGCAGACGUUUGAUUUGUGUUCUUUGAAUGAGGUGACGCUUUGUCCGCUCUCCGCGGGACGUAUCGACGUGCGGUCGAGCUACACGAUAAGCAGCGAUAUCACGAAACAGAUCCCGGGCGUGGCGUACACGAUUCCGGACCUCGACGCACAGAUCAGAGUUGUGGUAUACUCGCGCAACGACACCGAGUACUCGCGGCCGCUGGCCUGUGUCCAGGCGGUGCUCACCAACGACAAGACCGUGCAGACAAAGUACGCUUCGUGGCCGAUCGCUGCGGUGUCCGGGAUCGGUGUGUUGACUUCAGGGUUCGUCUCUGUUAUCGGGUACAGCACCACUGCGGCACACAUCGCGUCGAAUUCGAUCUCGCUUUUCAUCUACUUCCAGAAUCUCGCCAUCACUGCUAUGAUGGGCGUCGCUCGUGUGCCCCCGAUCGCCGCGGCGUGGACCCAGAAUUUCCAGUGGUCCAUGGGUAUCAUCAAUGUCAAGUUUAUGCAAAACAUCUUCGACUGGUAUGUCCAGGCUACGAACGGGGUAUCUACGGUGGUCGUCGCCAACAAGGACGUGUUGAGUAUCAGUGUGCAAAAGAGAAACCUGGAAAGACUCGCCAAGAGAAUCAGUUUGGCGUCAUCAGCGGACUACAGCUUUGAAUCUUUGUUGGAUGAUUCGGAGUUGUACACAACCACUGAGCGCAACACAACGGAGUAUUCGUCGAGAAUCCUCGUGUUGCGCGGAAUUGAAAGAGUGGCUUUCAAGGCAGGUAUUGAACUAUCAAAUUUGUUCCUGACAGGUAUCGUCUUCUUUCUGUUCUUUUUGUUCUGCGUGGUGUUUUGUUUGAUCUUCUUUAAAGCACUUCUGGAAGUGCUGACGCGCGCAAGGCUGAUGGCAGAAAGCUCUAAUUUCUUCCAGUACAGGAAGAACUGGGGCAGCAUCAUCAAGGGUACGCUCUUCAGACUCGCAAUCAUCGCAUUUCCUCAGGUCUCGCUGCUCUGCAUAUGGGAGUUCACACAAAUCGAUUCCCCCGCCGUGGUGGUCGACGCGGUGGUCAUGUUAACCGUCGUCACUGGCUUACUCGCAUAUGGUACCGUGAGGAUAAUGAUAAAAGGUCGCGAAUCCCAGCGGCUGUACAAGAAUCCGGCAUAUUUGCUUUAUGGUGACGCAGGCUUUUUGAAUAGAUACGGGUUCCUGUAUACCCAAUUCAAGGCGGAUUACUUCUGGUGGUUGGUGCCCCUGCUGUGUUACAGUUUCCUGAGAUCCCUCUUUGUCGCUGUGUUGCAGCAGUAUGGCAAGGCCCAGGCUAUGAUUAUCUUUGUGAUCGAGCUGGCUUAUUUCGUAUGCCUAUGCUGGAAAAGACCUUAUUUGGAUAAGAGAACCAACAUUUUCAACAUUGCCAUCCACUUGGUGAAUCUGAUCAAUUCCCUGUUCUUUCUUUUCUUCAGCAACCUUUUCAAGCAGCCGGCAGUGGUAUCCUCGGUGAUGGCUGUCAUUCUUUUCGUUCUAAACGCAGUUUUCGCUUUGUUCCUCUUGAUCUUCACCAUCAUAACAUGCACAUUGGCUCUGUUACACAGGAACCCAGAUGCUCGCUACCAGCCACUCAAGGACGAUCGUGUCUCAUUCAUUCCAAAAGUUCAGGGCCCCAACGGCACCGCAUUUGAACAUGCAAAUAAAUCUGAAGCAGAGCUCUUCGAAUUAAGGAAAGCUGCAAUGGAUACAAACGAAACUGACCAGGAAAAAAUCCUCCGUGCAGAUGCCUUCGGGAACGGUAACAAUAAGACCUUGUUUGAUGAUGAGGCUAGCACUUACACUUUUUCAAGUUCAUCAAACAGAUUUGGCGCACAGAGCGGCGUACCGCAACCUGUACAACCAACAUCAGCUGUGUUGGGGAACACCGAGACACUUGGAAGUUACGACCACCCCAGGGCAAAUGCCGCAAAUGGCAGCAGAAGCAAUUUAAUGAGGCCCGAGACGAGCUUUUACAGCCACAAUAACAACGCAUCACAUUCACCAUACCACUCAAAUUCCUACUUGUGA